AUGUCUAAUCCCAACAAACACACCACCAAUCACCCAAUGUUGCCAUCUCGACGCUUGGCACAUGAGUGGCUUCAACAACAGCUGAACCCAGAUGGCACCUUUGGCAAGCAAUCAGCUCAUUCAGAACCACAUGUCCCACAGUUGUUUGAUGGAACGGCCCAUCUUUCUCGUAACGUAAAUCGUGAAACCCAUUUGGAUCCUCUACUCACUCAAUCUCAAUCUUUCAACACUUUUCACCACAAACAAUCUUCUCAAUCCAAGUCUCAGGAACAUCUCAUCCCUAGUAGUAGAAGCCAUGCAACUAGCCACCAAAAUCAGGAUUCAGAAGCAAACCCGCUCACCAACACAGAUGCUCAAACAUCCAGGGAAACCCCUGUCAUUGCUCCAGUCCGCAUUGAAUUCACACUUCAUCUUCCAGCUGUCAAUCAAGUUAGCAGACCUCAUAAACAAAAAGAACCACGCUCCUCCGUCCCAUCAACCAAAAAAGUCAACUCAGAUAUUGAUAAACUCAUCUUGGAUUGGCCGAUUGGAGAUAACAACCUUUGUAGCUUCAAGUCUGCUGUCAUCAAAUUGAUACAUGAUGAGGAGAACAAACCACUUUCUGGUUUUGUGGAAACCCAAGAAAGCGAACGAAAAAUACGCUGGGAUGUAUCAAUUACCAACGGUGGAACCUUUGCCGCAACUCACAACCAACACCUCAAUUCUGCUGACGUCUUUCAACAUUUCUUGGAUGUUGCUGGAGCUGCGCGUGCAAACCAAAAGGUAACAUGUAGAUUGGUACAAAAAGAUCUCAAGGCUAUUGCAAAGAUUCUCAGAGAUGACCGGUGA